GCACGGUGGCGGCUCAGGGAGGCGCUGCAGCCCUGGGGCUGAGGGAGCGCCCAGGCUGCGGGAGGAGCGGUGCCGUGCGGGAGCCCGGUGGGCGAGAGUGGACUCCGUGGCGGGGGAGGGCAGAGCCAGGCCCGGCCUCUCCUCGGACUCUCCCGUCGCCUCUUGCCGCCUGUUUCCAGCAGGAGCAUCGCCCUGGUCCUUCCCGAGGGAAAGAGCGGGACGGCGGGUAGAUGUCGCUUCUGCGGGCGAGGACUUGUUAUCCAGAAGUGCUUGAGUGAACUCUGAAUGUGUUUUGAGUUCGUGGAGAGGACGCGGGCAGCAGCGCCUUUCCUGUGCUGAGGAUGGAUGAAGACAGUCUGGAAGCGGCGAUCCAGACCUACAACGCGCAGCUGGAGCAGGUGGAGCUGGCGCUGGGGGCGGGCCAGGACCCAUCGCAGCACUCGGACCUGAUCCAGCUGCAGGAGGAUUUGAAGCAGCUCAUAGAACUGACCGAGUCGAGCCUGGUGGCUGUGAAAAAGAGCAAACUUCUGGCCACUUUGGACACAGAUGCCUCCUCCUCCUCUCCAGCAACUCUCCCAGGGCAGGAUUCCCACCUGGAGAGCUCUGCCCAAGAUGAGGAAUAUGCUGCUUUUAAGGAAGCCAUUGCUGGGCUUGGAACAGAUGAGGAGGCUCCAGCUGAUGACAACGGGAUCUCCUCAGAGAGAGAGGGAGAAACGGGGGAUAAAUCCAAAUCAAAGUGCAGUGAGGAGGAGGAGGAGGAGUCUGAGAGAGAGGAGGAGGAGGAGGAGUUGAGUGGGAUGAAGGUUAAAGCCCCCUACUACAGCUCCUGGGGGACCCUGGAGUACCACAAUGCCAUGAUUGUGGGGACAGAGGAGCUGGAGGAUGGCACUGCAGGGGUCAGGGUGCUCUACCUGUACCCCACCCACAAGUCCCUGAAGCCUUGCCCCUUCUUCCUGGAUGACAAGUGCAGAUUUAAGGAGAACUGUCGGUUUUCCCAUGGCCAGGUGGUGUCGGUGGAGGAGCUGCAGCCCUUCCAGGAGCCCGACCUGAGCAGUCUGGGGGUGGGCUCAGCCUGCCUGGCCAAGCACACUGAUGGCAUCUGGUACACGGCCAAAAUCACCGAUGUGGACAGUGGCUACUACACGGUGAAAUUUGACUCCCUACUCCUCAAGGAGGCCGUGGUGGAAGGGGACAGUGUCAUCCCACCCCUGAGAAGUGAAGAUGCUGCUGAAUCUGGCGAGUCUGAUGAGGACAGUGUGGAUGAUUCUGGUUAUGCCAAAGUGAUAGACUCAGGAGUUCCAGAGAAUGGGGAAUGGACCCCAGCCUGCAGCUCCUCUUUUGGUGGCUGGGAGGCCCACACUCGUGGCAUUGGCUCCAAACUGCUUGUUCAGAUGGGAUAUGAGUUUGGAAAAGGCCUAGGGAAGAAUGGUGAGGGCAGAGUGGAGCCAGUGCAGGCUGUGGUGCUCCCUCGAGGGAAGUCCCUGGACCAGUGUGCUGAGGUGCUGCAGAAGAAGAAGCAGGGGAAGCUGGAGCCAGGCAAAUCGAGGAAAUGCCGGGCAAAGGGAGGCAGCUCCGGACAGCCGGGCGGCCGCAAGGCCCCGCGCGACGUCUUUGACUUCCUGAACGAGAAACUGCGCGGGAAGAGCGCCGGGGACAGGGCUGGGGGGGUGGCCCUGCCCCAGAGGAACAGCAAAGAGAUCUACCAUGCCAGCAAGAGCACCAAGAAGGCCCUGAGUGUCAGCCUCUUCCAGACCACGGAGAAGAUUGAGCAGACGCAGAGGGAUAUCAGGGGAAUCCAGCAGGCCCUGGCGCGCAACAUUGGCAGGCACAGCAUUGCUGCAGCUCAGCUGGAGGAGAAGCUGGCUAAUGCCCACAAGCAGCUGGGGCAGCUGCAGGCCCAGGAAGCCAGGCUACAGCGGGAGCAGAAGAAAGCAGACACCCACAAGAAGAUGACUGAGUUCUAGGUGCUGAGGAAGGUGUUGGACUGCAGGAGUUGUCCUUCUGGUGCUCCUGGCCUCAGAGUCUCAAUGAGCUGUCCUGCUCUGCUGGGCCUCAGGCUGCUCAGCCUAAAACUGGGCAAAAAAGCAGCAGUUUCUGGAUGCUUCUGAGCUCUUCUGGGAGGGGGAGUAGUGCACAUCCAUCCAGCCCCGAAAGCAUUCAGUGAGUUGGGCCUUGGAUGAGGCCUAGCUACAAGGGAUACAAUUCUCUGCUCUCUUGCACACUUCUUUCCUUCAUUUUCACUGCAGCAGCAGCUCCAUCCAGAGUGUGUGGCUGCUCAGGUGAUAACACUGCUGGCUACAAACCAGCUGAGGGGGCUUGGACAGCCCCACAUCCUGCCAGUAACUGUGGCUUCUGUCUGUGGCCACCUGCCAAGCACAGGUGCAGGCAGGGUCCCAACCAUGGCUGGGUGAAAACAUCAAAGGUCAAGUGCUUUAGCUGCUCUCUGCCUUCUGGUUUUUACUGUGGGAUUUAUCUGAGAACUCCAUUUUUGGGGGAAGCAGUUCUUUGUAGCCCUAGUGUAAGGAAGGGACAGAAAACUGACAGCUCAGAGGUGGAACCAGCAGCCUGGAGCAUCAGAUUUCAGCAAUUUGACUGUUGGAGUAUUCCAGGCCAUGCUGUAGCCAAACCCACUGGCUUGGCAUGGAAAGCUGCCUGGUUCCACAAGUAGAGUGCCAUAGCUGGGGGAAUAAGCCAGCAGCAUAUCAGAAUUCCCAAACCUAUCCAGGAACAGCUCCACAGGGACCCUUGUGAUUUUUGCCACCAUUAGUUGGGUUUAUCUCUCCAAGGUGGCUCACUGAGCACAGGUCCUUUUACUAAAGAACCUCAGGACCCAGAUCCAGGUUGGACUGUGCCCUAGGUGAGCACAAGGAGCAGGAUGUGUGUGAGCCCAGUGUGCAGCCCUGCAGUGGCAGAGCUUGGGGCUGGGCUGGAAGCAGGCCAGGCAAGCCAAAUGCUCUUCCCUGCCAUGUGGAAAGUGAACAGGAAGGAUGUCCUCUCCCCUUGGUUACAUUCUGUGUUGGUGGUGGGCAGUCCUUGCCUCAGAGAUGCUGGUUUCAUCAUCUGGUGGGAUUUCUGCAUUGUAAAGGCUUUUUUUAAAAACAAAAAUAGUUUGCAAUUCAUGCCAGUAUCUUAAGGACACCAAUUUGUUUUUUUUUUUUAGUUUAAGGAACCAAUUUCCUUUUAUUCUGUGAGUAACUUUUCUAAUGAAAAGGUUCCUUUAGCACUCUCUUUUU